AGUGUUUAUAAAGAUAUAAUCAGAUUUUGUAGUCAUGAUUUGUGUGAAAGUGAAUAAAUUGCACAGUUGUUGAGGACAUGUUUGUUCACGGUCGAACCACAGGCACAAGCACUCCUCACAGAACACAUGCUUUGGAAAGAAAACAUUGAAGUACAAUAGGACGGGUGUGAAAAUACUAAAAGAUGAAAAUUAAUUUAAAAAAUAAUUUACUCGCCCUCAUGUUGUUUCAAACCUGUAUUACUUUCUUUCUUCUGUGGAACACAAAACGGGAUUUUAUGUAGAAUAUCCUGGUGACUUACAUAUAUUGAAAGUAGAGCUGUCAAAGUUAAUGCUUGCUGUCACAUUUUUGUAUUGUUAGCCUUUUAGCUUAUAGCUGUUUUCCACUCCAGUGUUUGUUUCCACUCCAGCGAUUGUUCCACUCCAACGUUUAUAAUUAAAAGAUUAAAAGGAAUCUACUCCUGCGUCUCCUCUAUUCCUCUUCCUCUCCAAGACACCCACGUUACAGAAGGACUGACCUAACAAAAAUACAGAUAAUCUUACCUGCUCUUCCAGACAUCAUCUUCUACUCCAGUGAUCCCUAUAAUCCUGCUCUUCCACUCGUCCACUAGACCCUCACGAGCAUCGAGCCCAACCUAAUGGAUCUACCACCUGCAGUAGCAAUCCUCCUCCUAGAACAAGGAGGCCGUCCAAUUGAGGAUCACUUACGUGAGUUUCUCCAUCUCGCUAAUUUGGUGCACUAUGAUGACCACGCUCUGGUGAGUUUCUUCAGGGCUGGCCUGAGUAGUGCAUUGAAGGAGCUGAUGCCUCUGUGGGGACCUCACUGGACGAUCUCCGACUACGUGAAGGUGGCUCUGCAACUUUGUGGCUCAUCAUUCACUGUGGGUUUGGAGGAUGAGGACUUUGAAUCUCCUCACACAACAUCCUCCAACCUUCCACGGCCCCUGUCUCCACUCCUUCCACGGCCGCUGUCUCCGCACCUUCCAUGUCCCCUAUCCCCAAGGUAACUCCUCUCCAUUUAAUUUCCCAAAAUAUUUGUUUUGGGGGAGGGGGGCUCAUCCUCUUCAGUUUCCAGUGGUCGAUGCCCUACUGCAGUUAAUGGUAGCGACCACGGUUAAUGAGCCAGUGCCCAUGCCUGCCACGGUUAACCAGUCAGUGCCCAUGCCUGCCACGGUUAACGAGCCAGUGCCCAAGCCUGCCACAGUUAAAGAGCCAGUGCCUGUAGCCUCGACUGUCCCAGAGCCAGUGCCUGUAGCCUCGAUCAUCCCAGUGCCUGUAGCCUCGACCGACCCCAUAACCACACUCUCUGCUGGCCGAAAGAGGAGGAGAAGGAAAAAGACUCUUCCCCAGUCUCUGCCCAUGCUCAUGACCAUAGAGGUCGUUCCCCAGUCUCUGCCAGUGCUCAUGACCAUGGAGGUCGUUCCCCAGUCCCUGUCAGUGCUCAUGACCAUGGAGGUCGUUCCCCAGUCUCUGCCCAUGCUCACGACCACGGAGGUUGAUCCCCAGUCUUGACCUGUACUCUAUUCCACGGCUCUCAGCUCCAAGCCUUCCACGGCUCUCAGCCCUGAGCCUUCCACGGCUCUCAGCCCCGAGCCUCCCAUGGCUCCGCCUUCCCUGGGCCCAGCUCCCAUGACUCCGCCUUCCAUGGCUCUGUCCCUCGAGCCUCCCACGGCUCCGCCUUCCAUGGCUCUGUCCCUGGAGCCUCUCAUGGCCCCGCCUUCCAAGGCUCCACCCUCGGACUCUUCCGCAGCCCCGCCCACUUCCCCAGAGCCUCCCCCUCCAGCAGUUCCACCUCCUGACCCAUUCCUAGCCCUGUGGCUGCCUCCCAGGCCUCCUGACCCAGUCCCUGCCCUGUGGCCGCCUCCCAGGCCUCCAGAUCCAUUCCCAGCCCUGCAGCCGCCUCCCCAGGCCUCCAGGUCCAUUCUCAGCCCUGAAGCCGCCCCCUAGGCCUCCUGAUCAUCAUCUUUGGAUCCUUCAUCUUCUGCGUCUCCCUGCCCUCAUCAUUUGUUCUUGGGCGCCAGGAGUCUCCCUCAUUCUUCUUCAAGGACUCUUAUUUUGAAGUUUUCCCCCCGGACUCCAUUUCCCAGGAUUCACUGCCCUAAUCACUUCUAUCAGUUCUUCAUCAUCUGCACCUGACUUCUAUUCCCUCAUUAGUUUCUCAGUGUAUAAAUACCCUCUAGUUUUGUUAAGUCAUGGUCAGUCCUUGAAGUGUUUCGUUAUGAAGUGCUAUGUUGUGAAGUGUCACGUUUUUGUAUUGUUAGCCUGUUAGCCUGUUAGCCUUAUAGUUUGUUUUCCACUCCAGUGUUUGUUUCCACUCCAGCGAUUGUUCCACUCCAACGUUUAUAAUUAAAAGAUUAAAAGGAAUCUACUCCUGCGUCUCCUCUGUUCCUCUUCCUCUCCAAGACACCCACGUUAGAGCUUGCGAGAAAGCAUUAGGUUCUGUCAUUUUAUUCAGCUCCAUGUGAGUUCUAAACACUGGUUGGAGUAUGGCGGAACCUUUGUGAUGUGUCCGCCUGGGGUCAUUACACUGACGCGCACACCACAAACACACACAACAGCGAUUAACUGUCAAUGAUCACGUGAUGGAGAAGGGGCCGCAACGCUAUUUGAUGUAUAAAACAAGCUCAGAUGGGACAGAAAUCAAGUACUUUGCAGCCUCUGUAAGGUGCAAUUUAGGUAUGUCAAGUCACAAAAAAGCAGAAUGAGAUGUAGUCUGCUUGCCGGUGGCAUUAACGCCCUGUUCAUUCAUUAAUCAUGAAUGCAGUGCGGAUCGCUACAGUCUGGUGGCUGAUUAAAAUUGUGGAGGAUUAGAGUUUAAGAGAUUUAAUGGGGAGCUAUGGGAAUAGUUCUU